UCUUUGCUUUAGUAUCACCCGGUCUUCGAAUGUUAAAGCACCGAUUCUAGCUCCAGGGGCCUCCGCACGACGACGAUCCCUCAGGGAGCUCAUGAAUGUUCGCAAAAUUACCGUUCGAAAUUUUUGUGAAUUGUGCUCCGAAGGGAUGACGAUGACGCUCAGUGGUUAAUGUUGUGUGGGGCAUCGCGAUAACAAUGCUAAUUUCGAAAGAGGAUUUGCAACAGACUCGGUGCCGACUUUCAGGAGAUAUGACUUCACGUUUCACUUUGAUUGUAGAAGUAGGUUUGAAGAUGACCUCCGAUUCUGUGGCGGCGGUUAAUUGACGAAUAAAGAGAGAUGAAAAGUGAUAAGAAUGCGUCGUCAAUAGGCCGGUCUUAAAUCGAGUGAAUGAUGAGCGGAGCUCCGAUACCGGAUGUCCAGUUCAGCGCACCCUUCAUAGAUAUCCCGCUGAGCGGCGGCAACUACAGUGCCACACCAGGACUUCAGGGCACACACACAGUCAUACUUCCACCUCUGAAUAAAGGAGCUCAGCCGACGUUAGCCGCCUUUGACGUCAACUCCUCAGAACUAUUGACGACACCGACGCCGACGCCGACUGGUGUUAAUUCGUUCUAUUUCUACAAGGCCGAACAGUUCGCCGUACUCUGGGUGCUGUUUACAAUGAUCGUCUUGGGGAAUUCGGCCGUUUUAGUUGCCCUCCUCGUUAGCAAAAGUCGAAAAUCCAGAAUGAAUUUCUUCAUCAGGCAACUUGCCAUUGCGGAUUUAGCGGUGGGCUUAAUUAACGUGUCCACCGACAUCGCUUGGAGAAUAACAGUGGCUUGGCAUGCUGGGAAUGUUCUCUGUAAAAUUAUACGUUUCCUCCAGGCCGUGGUCACAUAUUCUUCUACUUAUGUGCUCGUUGCCCUGUCCAUCGACCGAUACGACGCCAUCACUCAUCCGAUGAACUUCUCAGGGAGUUGGAAGCGUGCGAAGGUUUUAGUAAUCUUGGCGUGGUUUCUCAGCAUUUUGUUCUCCUUACCCACGGUUUUCCUCUUCGAAGAAAAGCACGUUGAAGAUAUACCACAGUGCUGGAUAGAUCUGCAAGCGUGGCAGUGGAAGGUUUAUAUGACCCUUGUAGCCCUAGUCCUUUUCGUUUUUCCUGCUCUUAUCAUCAGCGCUUGUUAUGCAGUCAUCGUAUGGACUAUAUGGUCCAAGAGUAAACUGCUGAUACCAGUAGGACACAUCCCCAUUCGUCACAGCGAGGAUCAUCGUGAUAGACCACCUCGACAUUUCCACGAAGAACACGAUACUCGUCGUGCCAGCUCGAGGGGAGUCAUUCCUCGUGCGAAAAUAAAGACUGUAAAAAUGACUUUCGUCAUCGUUUUUGUGUUCGUGCUAUGCUGGAGUCCCUAUAUAGUAUUCGACUUGCUCCAAGCGUAUGGUCACAUUCCGAGGACUCAGACAAAUAUUGCCAUAGCUACAUUAAUUCAAAGCCUGGCACCGCUGAAUUCAGCUGCCAAUCCAGUAAUUUAUUGCCUCUUCUCUACGCACUUGUGUAGAAAUUUACGAUGCUGUUCAUUAUUAAAACAUUUAAAGUUCGAUCCGUGCAGAAAACUGCCACCGUUCACAUGGAUAUCCAACUGCCUCUCGUUCUGUUUUCCUGGAGUCCACGGUCCAGGUCACUGUCUUGGUUAUGGCGGCGGCGACUCCAGCGGAACUGUGACGACCACACUGACCCAUUCCUCCAGAAGAUCAGGAUCUGCGGCCUCCCUUAGGCACACAAUUAGGCUGCAGCCUGCCCUUAACAACAGUCAUAAGGUUACCAUCUCUGUUGUCUAGUCACUCUUCUACCGUAUGUGUUACGUUUAAACAGGAGCUGGGUAAGCCCCAGAGGCGUUUUCAACUCCCGCGCUCUAUUACCGAAAAGUAUUACAGAGUUAAUCAGAGGAUCCACUUUUGUGUUUUACAUAACUUUCAACGGGAAACUUUCUUACGAGCUUUUAUGAAUGGAAGCGAGAGUAAGUGUAAUUAGGUGGAGACGAAGAAAAAAACAAAAAAAAUUAGCGUUUUAAAUUGCAAGCCGUCGCAGAGAUUUCUCUCUAUCGCCUCUUUCUUUACAUUGUAGAUAAAAAUUCAUGUACUUACGGAAUAAAUUGAAUAACUUAAAAAGUAAUAACUUUUAUAAAAAAUUUCGAACAACUAAACGGGUUUUCUUAUUUCUUAUUUUUUUAGAUUUAUUGAAAUUGUUCAUUCGUGUGACGUUCUGGUACAACAUAUUCUAUUUAGAUAGUUAUAUAUUACCAUUUUGGAUAUUAUUUAAUAAAAAAAUAAAAUGUAUAUCGUACAACGCCUCUGUCUAAUUUAACUUCCAUGUAAGUACAAUAUAACCAAAAUAAAUACAAAAGCAAUCACAACCAUUACACUUUGUCCUACGAUAAGCAUUCGCAAAUGUCAAACAUUAAAGCUUUUGGUAUUUAUGUUAUCUCCUACCACCGAAUGCUUUUAUAAAUUUAUCUUUUUUAUCGUGUACUAUUCAAAAUGAGAAAACUCGAUAAAUCCAAUGUGGUUUGCCUAGUUUGCAAUCUGUUGCACAAAUUCCUUUGAAAUUAACCAAACUUUUUUCGCACAUCCGACAACAGCUUUGUAUUUAAGGAUUAAACUGUUGUAGAUACCGCAACAAAUUUUUCAGAAAACGAUGCUGAUGGUACGAAUAUAACAACAGUUUAAUUGGCACUAAUGGACGAACGCGCGUCAAAAGCAAAACAAAUUUAAUAUAAUGCCGCGAAAUUAAAGAAAUUUGCGUUUUAACCAAUUAGUCUUUCAGCUGUGUUGUUGACUGAAAAAACGCUCUUCUUGUUAUUAAAAAAACAACUAUUUCUAAAAUCAUAUGUAUUUGUUUUAUCUGAAAUUAACAAGUACAACUAUGAGAAAACUACUUCAUUGUACGCUGCCAAAACACAUUUAAAAUUGCUAGUACUUAAGAAAGUUUGCAUUCAAUAAAAUGAUAGUUGAGCACACAAAUUGGAAACGUUUGUACAGAUACAACCACAGUUCCACAUUCUAGAUCUCAUUUUUUGCAUUAACCAACUAAAUGUAGCACAAAAGUGUGAUCCUUUUUUUAACAAAACAAAUUGUUUUCGACUGUUGUGUAUAAAUGUUUUUUGUUAAUAGUAUUGCUUCUGUUUUUGCACUGUCAGUAUAAACUUAAACCGUACUUAAUUUUUUCUUGUAAAAACUAUGACAAUAGAUCUACAAUAAAAUUAUCGUACCUAGUUAGAAUUUUAAAAUGUACGUCCAUCCGCUUUUAUUAUGUUCCUUCCUUUACAUUGUACAUAUUUGUAAUUUUGUAUAUAUAUUUAUUCUUUUUUUGUAAAUAUUAAAUUAAUUUAUCUGUAAAAAAUUGCCUCGUUCAAAGAUAUAUGUAGAUACAUUAAAAAUUAGAUAUACUCUCAAACAGGGUGUCAAAUAGAUUAUCUAUUUUCACGUACACAUACUUGCAUUAGCAAUGACGUAAAGUUGUUUAUAACUGUAUGGGUUUGUCCAGCUCCAGAAUUAAGUGUGUGUACUUAUAAGUAAAUAAUAUAAAUACAUAACCCAUUUUUUACAUACGUUGUAAAAAUAAAUAAGCCAUAAAACUUAUAAACAUAUGUCUUUCUUAUGUUCAUUUUUGCAACAACUACAUGCUGCCAGUCUCAAAUCAUGUAUGAUUAUGCUAGCAAAAAAGGGUCUAUAUAUGAUUAUCAUAUCAAAGUAGGUGUUGACUUUUGCCGCUUCGUUGAAAAAAGGAAUUAUAAUCAAACUGUUGAAUAACCGCUACAUGCCAGUUAUGAUGAGUGAUGAAUUUUACUAUAAAAGCAUGCGGCAGCUUUGAACAAAUGAAAACAUCCAAUGGUAAUUUGACUUGACAAUCAUUAUAUUAGACGUCUAACCCGGCGCAUCCACCAUUAAAGAUGAACCACUAGACAGGCGUUUGCAAAAGAAAUCAAGUAUACUUUUCUAGACGAAAUGACAAGGUAAACUAUGAGUAAACACAUUAAAAGAAAGGCAUUUGUCGUAGGCAAGUAUUUCGUAAUAAAUUGAAAGUGCAGAAUUUGCAUUUAAUUUAUUUAUACAUAAUUGAAGUUGUAAUUUAUUACGUACGUUUUCUAAUAUGUUAUAUAUUAGUUAAGCCUGUAGAAGACGUGAAAAGUUGUUAAAUUAAGAUUGUAGUGUAAUUAGAAUUUUUGUAAAAAUAAAAUUUCUUAUGCUCA